AUGGAAGAAAGUUCAGAAGAUAUCACAUUUUCAACCUUGUUAUUCCUAACUGUGGUCCCAAUUUCCUAUGUCAUCUUCAGAAGAAACAAUCGAUUGGCUCUAUUCUCAGUACACUCCUUAAGAGAUAAGAAAGCUAUAUCACAAUUAGUUUUAAUGAUAUUAUUAAUGAUUUUAAAUGUCAAUCUUUUUAUAUCAUUCAGCAGUGUCUUAUAUAAAAAUCUGCACAUUGAAUUAUAUUUUAUAAAUUCCAAGGAGAAUUCAUUUGGAUUAAGAACAACACCUAUAACAAGAGGUCUUGCGGAUUGUCAUUUUAAACCCGUGGAAUUGAAAACAUUUUCUAAUAUGGAAGAUAUAUUUGAUAUUGAAGUGGCCUUUCCUAAAGAUAAUCAAGGUGGAGAAGAAAGCUUAAAAGAAUUUUAUCAUUUGAAAUGUCCCAGAGUUUCCUUUUUUGAUUCAUUUUCCUUAAGUGCUUCGACCGAGUUAACUAGUCUAGACAAGCCUGAUGAAUUAUUAAAAAUUAGAAACAUUGCUAAGGACAUGCAUGAGAAGAAGCAAUAUCCUCUUUUAAAAUUGGCCUUCUUAGAUGGUCCUGAUGAAAGUCUAGAAUACAUCCUUGAAAGAAAAUGGUUUAAAUUCUGUACUGCUCCAAUUUGGAUGGAUAAAUAUGGAGUUUAUAUUGCUCUUAAUAGAGUCACAUAUUGUCCUAAUAGAGUUUAUAAAGAACCUAAAAUUUCAUUAUUAUAUGCCCAAUUAUUUGAUAAAGAUUGGAAUGAAUUGGAAGAUUAUACCAUUAAUGAUAUUAAUGGUGAACCGAUUGUAUUCCCAACAAUUUUCCCAGCUCAAAUGGAUGAAUUUGGUGAUAGAUCACUUUUGGGUCCGGAAGAUCCAAGAGUUAUCAUAAGAGAUUAUUAUAAUGAUAAAACAGGAGAAAUGGAUCAAGAGCCAGUCAUUAUUUUUAAUACCUUAGUGAAAAGUCAAGGUGAAGCAAGAUGCAUGCAUAUUUAUAGACCAUUCACUCAUAGAACUAAAACGGUUAGAAUGGAUAUUAAUAACGUUAAAGUUAAAUUUGCUGAAAAGAAUUGGUCGCCAUUUUUCAAUACGGAUAAAGACUUCAUUUAUUUUAUUUAUGGAUUAUUACCAUUCAGAGUUUUAAAAUGUAAUAUUCAUCAUGGAGUUUGUUUGAGUGUCACCGGUCCCGAAGUUGAUCCUAAUGAAGAAACUAGAGAAUUGUCCGGAAGUUCAAAUUUAAUGGAAAUACCUGCCAACCUUUUACCAAGUGAUUUAGCUAAAUAUAGAAAGAUUUGGUUUGGUAUUAUUAGAUCUCAUAUUUAUAAAUGCGGAUGUUUGGAACAAGUUUAUAGAUUCCAUGGUGUGUUAAUUUCCACUAGAGUUAAUGACCCAAAUGAUUUAUUCACCAUAGAUUAUAUUACAUCAUUAUUAGAUUUCAAUAUCAAUCCUGAAGCUUGGGAUUUGGAUUUGGAAGAUUAUAAAUGUAGUGAUGGUAAAUCAGUUUUAAUUCCAAAUUCAGUAGCGUAUUGGGAUUUCAUACCUAAAAAUUUAUCUAAUCUGAAAAAUCAAUACGGUGAAGAUAUAAUGGGUAUAGCAUUCUCCGAAGCUGAUAAAAAUAAUAAAGUGAUUCAUAUAAAAGGGUGGUUUUCUCAUCUUUCCAAAGUCUUAACUGGGAAUAAAUAUCAAUUUAGAACUCAUUAUUUAAGAGAAUCUAAAAAUGUUUUAGAGACUGAUUUCUUAGGCGAAUGUGCAGUAGAAGAAGCUACUGAAUAUUGUUUAGCCAGUGAAAAGAAAUAUGAAUGGUCACAUAAACCAGGUUAUAAUGCUACUGAAAUUAAACUUGCACUCGAAAGAGCGAAGAAAGUUGAAGAUAGAGAAAGAAAUGCAAAAGAAAGGAAAGAAAACAUAGAAUCGGGUGACCUUACAGAUGAAGAGAUAGAGUAUCUUUUAUGGUUAAAUAAGCAAGAUCAACUUGAAGAACAAGCAGAAAGAGAAAGAGAAGAAGAGGAAAGAAGACUUAGCGAGGAGUUAAAAUAA